CUUCUUUGAAUUACAAAAUGUGUCAAUGAUAAAAAGAAUAAAGUAGCUUUGUUUGUUGUAGAUAUUAGAAUAUAUAUAAGUGGGAGGUGCAGAGGCAUUGAGCAGCAAGAAAUGGUGAGGGGAGAGUUGGAAACAGUGGUGCUUCAGAGCAUUACACUGAAUGGCAUCUUAGACCAAGUUUUGAUGCUGUGGGACUUGAUCAAAGAGCCACUAAUUGUGCCAUUGUUAAAAUUAAUGGUGAAUAUUUGUUUAGUGAUGUCAGUUCUGUUGUUCAUUGAGAGAGUCUACAUGGCAAUUGUCAAGGUUUUCAUCAAAUUGCUACGACGAAAACCCGAAAAGAAUUACAAGUGGGAGGCCAUGCAAGGUGAAGAUCUUGAGCUGGGGAGUUCAGCUUAUCCUAUGGUGUUAGUUCAGAUACCAAUGUACAAUGAAAGAGAGGUGUAUCAGUUCUCAAUUGGUGCAGCAUGUGUUCUGUCAUGGCCUUCGGACAGAAUUAUAGUUCAAGUUCUCGAUGAUUCGACAGAUUUAGCCAUUAAGGAUAUGGUGGAGAUGGAAUGUAUGAAGUGGGCAAGCAAAGGUAUUAACAUUAAGUACGAGAUCAGAGACAAUAGAAAUGGGUAUAAAGCAGGAGCCCUCAAACAAGGAUUGAAGCACAGCUAUGUGAGCCAAUGCGACUUUGUUGCCAUCUUUGAUGCUGAUUUCCAGCCCGAGCCUGAUUUCUUAAUGCGCACCAUUCCUUUCUUCGUGCACAAUCAUGAUAUUGGCCUUGUUCAGGCUCGUUGGAAAUUCGAUAAUGCAGACGAGUGCUUGAUGACAAGAAUGCAAGAGAUGUCUUUGAAUUAUCACUUUAUUGUGGAGCAAGAAGUGGGUUCCCAGACAUAUGCAUUUUUUGGCUUCAAUGGAACUGCAGGUGUCUGGAGAAUUAAAGCCCUUAAUGAAGCAGGAGGAUGGAAGGACAGAACUACUGUUGAGGACAUGGAUUUGGCUGUCCGAGCUACCCUCCAAGGAUGGAAGUUUGUUUUUGUCGAUGACAUUAGGGUAAGAAGUGAACUUCCAAGUACUUUCAAAGCCUUCCGCUAUCAACAACAUCGAUGGUCGUGUGGACCUUCUAACCUCUUCAAAAAAAUGGCUGCAGAAAUUGCAACAAACAAGAAAGUGACUUUGUGGAAGAAGUUAUACGUGCUAUAUAGUUUCUUCUUUGUAAGAAAGGUUGUGGCCCAUAUCGUCACAUUCGCCUUCUACUGUGUGGUUUUGCCAUUGUCUUGUUUAGUUUCUGGAGUUGAUGUUCCUAAAUGGGGUGUUAUUUACAUUCCUACCACUAUAACCCUUCUCAACGCGGUUGGAACUCCAAGGUCACUGCACCUAGUGAUUUUUUGGGUCGUUUUUGAAAACGUUAUGGCAAUGCACCGGACAAAAGCAACAAUAAUCGGGCUACUGGAGAUAGGGAGAGUCAAUGAGUGGGUUGUCACGGAAAAGCUAGGAGAUGCUUCCAAAACUAAACCUUCCAGUAGUGUCCCUCUGCUUACUAAAGCCCCUGCCAAGAAAUCAAGCUCCAGAAUUUUGGGGAGAUUCAACGGGCUAGAGCUGAUAUUUGGAGUUUUUAUGCUCUUCUGCGCCUGGUAUGAUUUCAAUUACGGAAAGUACCAUUAUUACAUCUACCUCUUCCUUCAAUCAAUCGCAUUCUUUGUUGUCGGGGUUGGAUAUGUUGGCACAAUUGUUCCAAGCAAAUAGAGAGCGAUCACCAAAGCACAUGAAGUGACAUUGAGAUCAGCUCUCUGUAGGAACAGAAGAAUUGUUUAGAAGAAUAUGUCAAUAGUUAAAGUUAGAUUCUUUUUGGCUAGUGCAGUGUAUAAGAAACUCUAGUCAUUAUUUUUUGUGCAUAAGCACUUAAUAAGCUUGUUAGGCAAUAAAAUCUUCAUGUCCUUGAUCAAGCUGUAUGCAUAAAAAUUAAGGAACGACGAUGCCUUAAAUUUUAGGUAAACGUUUUUCUA